AUGAGAUAGUUAAAAUCAAUUUCAAGAGUAGAGCAACUUGGGAAUAUUUAUGUAGUCAAUUUUUUGAAAAAUGAAAAUACUAUUCUUCAUUUCUCAAAACCAGAAGUCCAAGCAGCUAUUGGAAGCAAUAAAUUUGCAAUAUUUGGAAAUCCAAAAACAAAGAAGUUUUCAGAAUUAAUGCCAGAAAUUUUAAAUCAUAUUGGACCAAAAUAAAUGUCUCUGCUUUAAGAAUUAAUGAAAGAAACUUACAAGGUUUAAUUUUUUUUAAAUCAUAUAAGAAAAAUGUAGAUAAAAUAGCAGAAGCAGAUUAAAAAGAAGAAAAUGAUAUUCCUAAUUUAGUAGAGGGUUAAAAUUUCAAAGAAGCAAGCAAGAAAGAAUAAGUAAAUUAUCAUAUUUUAUGUAUUCCAGCCAUUAAAUUAUAAAAGAGGUUUUUUCUUUCAAUAAAUUCGUUAAUUUAGAUUGAUAAUGGAAGUAUGUAAAAGUAAUAUAAACUAAUUAAAUCCUUUCAAUCACAAAAAGUUAAUCAAAUUUAAGAGAUAAAUUUAGUGA